UUGCCGCGUAUAAAAGCUCCUACCCAGUCGCGAGGAAAUCCACUUCUCCAGUGUGUCCAGUCGCAUCGGUUGUGGAAGUUUACGUGUUUGGGUGCUUUAUUGUUUUUUUGGGGGAAGAAAGUAUAUUUUCUGGGCGGCCAUUCUGAGUGAGCCCAACAAGUGUCUCAUACCCUGUGAUUCCCCAAAUGUAAUUUAGUUGGUCUACUCUUUGGGGUUCCACACCAAACGACGCCAUAUCAGUGUCUUUUCCGCCCAAGGAGACGUUUUCUCUGAAAGCUGCUGGGUGGUGCGCUUUUGGGGGCAGUAUUGACUAAUUGAAUAUCCGUAAAUUUUUGCUGCAAAAAUGAGAUGUUUUAGGGCAGUCCGGAUACUUUUGGUGCUUCUUCUACCCUUGGUACAAGGUCAGCAGGCACCACACUCCCCCUAUUCCCUACAGCCGGCUGUGGAUGCACUCCACCACCGGGAGGCACAAUUGGCCUUUAGGGACUACCUGGAUGUACCACGAGUGGAUGAAGAUUCUGUAUUUUGGGCUGAAGGGGAGAAUGGGGUUUCCCCACCCUACCGUGGAAGUCGGCGUGAAUUGAACAAAUUACUGGCGAAUUACUUGGCACGUGAGGAGGAAGAGGAGCAGGAACAGAGACUCCCCAUGGCAAGAAUCGAUCAACCGUAUCUCGAUGAGGACCUCCCGUAUGAUUUGGCAGCUAAGAAACGUUCAAUUUUCCGUGAGAGGGAAGAUGAAGUUCCAUAUCAAUCUGUAUUCAGGGAGCGUGAGAUGGAUUCCUAUAGUGAUCCAGCUUUUGCACAGGAUUUCCUCGAAGAGAUCGAACGGGAGAAUAAUGCUGAACGCGAGGAGAAGUACAGAGAAGCUCUGCGGAGACUCUGGGAGAAGUAUCAGCAGCAAGAGAAUGACAUUGAGAGGACACUAUUUGAGGAACGUGGCACCGGAAGAGCGUACAGUCCACGAAAAACAGCCAAUUUCCCAGCAAUGUAUUCUGCUGCAAUCCCCGACAAACGACGUACCUUCCCGGCUCUCCCAUGGCUUCCGGCAUCGCGAAAGAAGCGCUUCCCGGUGACCAAGAGAUCCCCAACACCAGAAGCAAUAAAUGUAUCAGGAACUGAUGAGAAGGUUGCGAAGGAUUUACGAGGAAUUUUCGGGGAGGGUGAUGGUGAGGUGAAGGCAAAGCGCUCAAGUGAUACGAAGGAACAUUCCCAUGAUCAUGCGGAUCACGCGGAUCAUGCGCAUCAUGAGGAGCACGAGGAGCAUCAUGACAAUCAUCAUGAUCACGAUGAAGAAGAAGACGAUGAUAGGAAAAAGAAACGCGCUGCGGAGGAGAAGAAGAAAACCAAUUUGGAGGUCGUUAAGGAUGAUCAAAUAAUUCCGGGGGAUUUAAUUGAUGAGACUCGAAAGAAGUCAAUCCAAUGGUCAAAGUAUUUUGGGAUUGAUCGUAAGAAGAAGUCUGGGUAUCUAAAUGAAAAAUACCGAAGUAUGAUGAAGAAAUCCGAAGAGGAAUAUCCCCUUCAGCACUUCCGCCAUCACGAUGGGGAGGAGCGUGAAAAGAAGCAAGUUAGUGAGGAAAAAUUGGAGAAUAUGGACCAAAAAUUGAAGAAUAUCGAAGAUCUUAUUAUUGAUGAGACAAUUAAGUAUACCGGAGCUCAUGAGGGAAUUUCCGAUCCUGAAGACAUUCAGAGAUUGAAGGAUCACGUAAUCUCGAGACUCGCAACGGCGUACAGCCUGGAAAAGAUGCGAAAAGCCCUCGAGAGACUAAAGGAUUCCGUUGAGACUGAGCGUCAUCUCAUGCAGAAUGAAAUUGAACCAUCUGCUAAGAAUCUGGACAAGGACAAAAGGGUGGCUGUUAAGAAGGAAAAGGUGGAGUUUGACAAUAAGGAUCACAAAAUUGAAUCAGCAACUGAAAAAGUCACCCCAGAAGAGCCCGAUAAUGGUCUAGAGAAGGAAGAUGUGGAUAAGAAGAAGAAAAAGCGCACGAAUAUUCAUCACUUUGACCGCUACCCAGUCCCAGAUGUUGGCAAUGAUAUUGGAGAAUUUGAGGAAGAACUCGGAGCUGGACAUUUUGAUCCAGUUGGUGAAACAUUUGGUAUAAGCGGAGGACAAUCCUUUACUCAAUGCCCCCUCUUGGAUGCCAUUGAGCGUCGCUGCCGUGGCGUAGAUCUCCUAAGUGGGGAUCUUCAGCAGGAACUUUUACCUGUUUGUGAAAUACAUCAACUCUGCUAUAUUUGCGGAACUUCAAUAACAGCUUGCGACUUCCAGUACUUGGCUGAAGCGGAUUCUGUGUGUGGCUCAAGCUCUGAAUGCCAAUCCGCAGCUCGGUCUGCACUGAUGAUUCUCCGUGGGAGUCCAGGACCUCAGCUAGGACCACGUGAAUGUGCCCGGAAUCCCUGCUUGAGCACAGCUCUCCGUGAGAUCCGCUACUAAAGUCCCACGGCAGCGUGCCCCCAAAUCGGUGGGCUCCAUUUGAGAAAAAAUAUGUCAGAGAGUGAGCGAGGUUUCCCAGGCCAAACCUCGCGGGGUUCCCCUCAAGAGCAGCUUCUUAAACUUUACAGAGGAUGAGAAUUUAGUGGUAAUUUUUGGGAAUAUACACCAUUUUUCGGGCAUUUUAAUCACAUAACGAUGAUGUACUGCAAAUAUAGGACAAGAAAAAAACUCCAUUUAAUUAUAUACAUUUUAUGGAUGGGGGCGAUUUAAUGUGCGUGGGGGUGGCAAUUGGUGCGAAAGCUCUCGAUGGAAAAAUGGCAAGAAAAUCAAUUUCCAUCGAGGGGGAAGAUGAACAAAAAUCGAGGCUGAACAACAGAAUGACUUUCGUUGAAAUUUCUUUUAUUUAUUUUGGAAAAUAUAAUGUAUGUUAGGUAUGAAAAACGAUACGACUCUAUGUAAUUUAAUGUGAAAUUUAUUCCUCUAAAAAAAAUGAUGUAAUUGUUGAAUAUAAAGAAAAAUCUUACAGUGGAAAAAAUCUAUAUUAUUAAUGAAAGAAAAUAAAUUGAUAAAAAACUAUAUUUGAUCUAAAAAAUAUUCUUAGGUGGAUAAAAAAAAUGAAAAAAUAAUGAAAUGGCCGGUUAAAUUUUUUUUUGUGUAAAAUUUUUAAGAUCCUUUGCAUAUUUUUCAAUCAAUUAAAUUGCCAUAUAUUUCGGUUAAUCUCCCUGAUAUUUAUGUACCACAACAUUGAUGAGUGUGUCAAAGAAAUAUCAUGGUAAAAUUACAAAAGGAAAAUAAAAUUCUCUGACAAUAAUUAUAAUGACAAAAAGAACAUUGUAAAAUGUAAAGGAAAACUGUUACAGCAAAUAUUAAGUUUCUGCAUUUUUUUGCAUUGUUUUCUUUGAGAGUCUAUAAAUGUGAUCUAAAAGAAAAAUAUUUGACAACCCAAUCUUUACAAAAAGAUUUAAAAAAAAAUCCCCAUUAAGUGUUUUAUUGAAUAAUGUCUAAAAAGGAAAAAGGAGAAUAAGUAAUUUAUCCAUUAAAUAAUGUAUAAUAAAUUAAA